CGCUUCCGACCAACAUGGCUGCAGCCGCCGCCUCUGCGCCUGUGAAGAUUGGCAUUAUUGGAGGGAGUGGUUUGGAUGACCCUGACAUACUAGAAGGCAGAACAGAAAAAUACGUUGAUACACCAUAUGGAAAGCCAUCAGAUGCCUUGAUUUUGGGAAAGAUAAAAAAUGUUGACUGUGUGCUUCUGGCCAGGCAUGGAAGACAUCACACAAUUAUGCCUUCAAAUGUCAACUACCGGGCCAAUUUGUGGGCAUUAAAGGAAGAGGGUUGCUCUCACGUGUUAGCAACUACUGCCUGUGGUUCCUUAAGAGAAGAAAUUCAGCCUGGAGAUAUUGUCAUGAUUGACCAGUUCAUAGACAGGACAACAAAAAGGCACCUCACUUUUUAUGAUGGGAAUCAUUCUUGCCUUCACGGAGUGUGUCACAUUCCCAUGGCAGAACCUUUCUGCGCCAAAACCAGAGAAGUUCUCAUGGAUAUUGCCAAGAAGCUUGGUAUAAAAUGCCACUCAAAGGGGACAAUGAUUACAAUUGAAGGGCCACGUUUCAGUUCCCGGGCAGAAAGCCUGAUGUUUCGCAGCUGGGGGGGAGAUGUUAUCAACAUGACUACCAUCCCCGAAGUAAUUCUGGCAAAGGAAGCUGGGCUCUGCUAUGCAAGUAUUGCCAUGGCAACUGACUACGACUGCUGGAAGGAACACGAAGAAGCUGUUUCGGUGGAUAAGGUGUUAAAGACACUGAAGGAAAAUGCAAACAAAGCAACUAGUUUACUGCUUACUGCUAUACCUCAGAUUGGUUCCAUGGAUUGGACAGAAACCCAGCACAACUUAAAAAAUGCUGUGCAGUUGUCUGUUAUGCUACCAAAACAUUGAAAACAGAGAGAGAUUUUCUGAAACUGGUCCCCAGCAAGGAAGUCAAUAUUCUGAUAGCUGACCAGUACCCUGAAAGAAUACAGCUACAACAUGCAACAUUUUCAUCCUCGUCUGCUAAUAAAUUCCUCAUUUUGGAAACAAAAAUUUUGUAGAGGUUGAAGAGACUGAGAGUGUGUUGAUAAUGAAAGCUGACAAACCACAGAAUAGGAAUCGGAUUGCAAAUACUGAAAAGUUACAUUUGAUACACUUUGGUAAAGAAAUCAAGGCGCCAAGGGCUACCUUUCUGGUUCAAGUAUUCUCUCAUCGCUCAUCCUAAAGAUGUCAAGUGAAGGAAGGGUUCAUAUGAGAGCUCUUCACUGCUCUAAACAGAGUAAACCUCAGAAAGCAGAUCUACAGUUUAGUUGCAGUGCUGUUCUUUCAAUGUCAUUUUUUUAAAAAAAAUUAAAAGAAAUAGUUUUUGAAUGGAGAUGAAUGUCUUUUUCUUUGGUAAGGGUUAAUUUUCAAAUAUUUUGUAAUCGUUUUGAUUUUUUUAACAUAACAUAUUUUCUUCUGCAUAUGCAUUUUCAUUUGUAGAACAAAAGGGCAUAAUUAUAUUUGCUCAGAGUGCGAGUAUCAAGAUAUGGAGCAGUUCUGUGAACGGCUCCAUGUUAGACCUCCCUCACCACCGUUAUGCUGGUUGGAUGAUUGGCUGGUGCCACCCGCCCACCCACUCCCCACACACUCAUUCACACAUGUCCUCUGUCACAACUCGGCUGUUCACUUGAAGAGGAGACCCUUUUGUGCUCAUUCAGUGACCUCCUUCUAAGGGACAGCAAGUACACAAGUUUUUCCUCAGACAGAAGCAGCCACUUCUCAGCAUCAAGGUGGGCGACAGUUGCUGAUGGCUUUGUUGUGAGGUGCCGAAGAGACUGCCCUCUUGAGAUGAAUCCUCAGCCCCUCACUUUGCUUGAACAGGAAGCUGUGGCCGUCAGUGGUCCAAGUGGCAUGUCAUUGAGGGGAAGACUGCCUCUAACAGAAGCAGCUCGUCCUAAUUUCCACAUGCAAGGAUGUGCAGGAUUCCAUCCCAAGUCUGUAGUUGUCAGUUUGGCUCUCGUGACUUAGUCGUCAAUGCACUCUCCCAAGCGCAAGCCCCGUUCUUACUCAAAGGGGUUGCACAGGUGCCGUGUUUAGAACAAUAUUGUGCAGAUAACAAAUAAUAAAACAAAAUAAUUAACAAAAUUAACAAAUUCAGUACUAAAACAUUUGAGCUAUGUUCUGCCUUCCUGAGAAAUGCUGAAUGUCGAACAGCUGCUACGUUUCUGAAGACUGUUUGGUUCCAGUCUGACUUUUAAAGAAUGGCUGGGCUGAUUGUAUCCAAUAUACACACAGAUCUGUUCAUGCAACUUAUUUCUAUAUCAUGUAUGCUGAAUGCCCACAUUUGCCUUCCAAAAAAGUCUUGCUGCUUAAUAUCCAAUAAAACCAAAUGUAACCUC